AUGUAUGAAGGAGGAGAAGAAGAGGCAUCGCUGGUCGUGCAAGGAAUGACUUGCUCCGCUUGUACUAAUGCCAUCUUGACUCAGUUGAAGAAUUUGGCAGGUGUUAAAGAUUGUAAUGUUUCGUUGGUCACUGGUGAAUGUCAUGUCCUAUUCAAAGCGGAUGAAAAUGGGACUAAUGUUGAGACCAUUAAGGAGACUAUAGAAGAUUGCGGGUUUGGUUGUCAAAUCGUUUGGUCUCGUCCGGUUAUUAAGCAUACAGUCUCUGAUAAUAAUAUGUUAGAAAAAAAAGGGUAUAUUGCAGUCAAAGGUAUGACUUGUUCCGCAUGUGUGAAUGCUAUAACGCAGCAAGUGUCUCAGAUUAAAGGCGUUGAGAAAUGUGAAGUUUCGCUCAUGAUGAGUAAUUGUGAAGUUAUAUAUGAUGAUAAUAAGAUCUCCAUAGAUACGAUUGCCGAAACCAUUGAAGAUUGCGGAUUUGAUGCCAUGAUCUUGAAUUCAUGUGAUUAUGUUAAAAAAAAUGAUAAAGAUAGCAACGAUUCUUCUAAUCCAAUAAAAAAUGUCACUUUAACUAUCUUGGCACCAGCUAAUAAUGAUAUAGAAACUUUCAUUUCCACUUCUACUUCCACUUCCACAUCUACUUCUACUUCAACCUCUACUUCAAGAUCCAGUAGCAUACAAAGUUCAGAAUUUGAUUCAGAAAAGUUUAAAGCUCUGGAAAAUAAAGAAAUUCAAGGUAUUAUAUCCACUGAUUUAACAAAUUUACAAAUUGGUUCUAUUUCCAUUCAAUAUGAUGAAAGGAAAAUUGGUACUCGUGACAUACUUGCACAUAUCAAAGAAAUGGGUUACGAAGUAUCAUUGGAUUCAUUAGAAUUAGAUACAGCCAUUCAGAUUGAAUUAUUAACUAAAGGUUAUGAAAUUAGUUUUUGGAAAUCAAAUUGUAUUAAAGCUUGUAUAGCUGCUAUAUUCACCAUGAUUUUAUAUAUGGGGAUCCCCAUGGCUUUCCCCAUAGUAAUGUCUAAUCAUAUUUUCCCUUAUAAGGAGACAUCGUUUAUUAAAGGAUUAUUCUAUAGGGAUAUUAUUGGGUUUAUUAUAACCACCUAUGUUCUUGUUCGUUUGGGAUCAUACUUUUACAAGGCAGCUUGGAAUUCAUUGAGACAUAAAUCAGGAACAAUGGACACUUUAAUAGCUUUAUCUACCUUUUUCGCUUACACAUUUUCAAUUUAUUCCAUUAUACACACAAUCAAGAUCAACUCUACAAACGAAAUGUCCUCGAUAUUACCAAAUGUUGUCUUCGAUACUUCAGUCAUGUUAAUUGCCUUCAUAUCUUUAGGGAAAUUUUUGGAGAACAAGGCAAAGGCACAAACAUCUUCAGCUUUAUCGAAAUUGAUAUCAUUGACCCCUUCAGAAUGUAUAAUCCUUAAAGAUAAAAACGAUUUCAAUUCACUACAUAUUGAAAUACCAACAACUCUAUUACAAAUAAAUGAUACUGUAGAAAUUAAACCAGGUAUGAAAAUACCAGCAGACGGUAUUUUAAUCAAAGGUGAAACAGAAGUUGAUGAAUCCUUAAUGACAGGAGAAUCCAUUUUGAUACAUAAGCAAAAGGGUAGUAAAAUAAUAGCAGGUUCAUUAAAUGGUCCUGGACAUUUUUAUUUCCAAACUACUAAUGUCGGUAAUGAUACUAAAUUAUCACAUAUCAUUCAAACAAUGAAAACAGCUCAAUUAAACCAAGCACCAAUUCAAAGAUAUGCUGAUUAUUUAGCAUCCAUUUUUGUUCCAACAAUCUUGUUGCUAGCUUUAUUGACUUUCCUCGUUUGGUCCAUAUUAGCCAACAAAUUAGAAAAUCCACCUCCAAUGUUUACAGAUAUGGCAAACAAGGGUAAAUUUUAUAUGUGUCUUCAAAUGGCUACUUCCGUUAUUGUGGUAGCAUGUCCAUGUGCCUUAGGAUUGGCAACACCUACAGCUAUAAUGGUAGGAACCGGUGUUGGCGCUCAAUAUGGUAUCUUAAUUAAAGGUGGUGAUGUCUUGGAAAAAUUUAAUAAGAUUGAAACCAUCGUAUUUGAUAAGACGGGAACUUUAACGACAGGGUUAAUGAAAGUUAACAAUUUUAUUAUAUUUAAUUCAGGUUAUCUUACAAAUGAAGCAAUACUUCAGUUAGUUGGAGCAGUAGAAUCAUUGAGUGAACAUCCAACUGCUAAAGCUAUCCUAAAUUAUUGUACUGAAUUCUCGAAUUUUGGUAAAGGUAAUAAUUUCGUUGAUAUAAUGAGUAAUGAAAUUAUCAUGGGUAAAGGUAUUAAAUGUCGUUGUAAAUUAGGUGAUGUUACUCAUGAAGUUAUUGUAGGUCAAAAAUCAAUAUUGCCUAAAUCUAUUUCAAUUGAAAAUGAAAAUACCGAUACUAAUGAUGGGUUCACGAUUUCGUUCGUAUCAAUUGAUGAUAUAUUAAUAGGUAAAUUUGAAAUAUCAGACACUGUUAAGACGGAUUCAUUUGAGACGGUACAAUUGUUAUCUAAUCUUGGUUAUAGUAUUUAUAUGGUUACUGGUGAUUCUCAUGGUGCAGCAAUGAAAAUUGCGGAAAGUGUUGGGAUUAAUUACCAAAACGUUUAUAGUGAAAUUACGCCUGAUGGGAAAUGUAAUAUAGUGGAACAAUUAAAACAAGAAAUUGGUGGUGAAAAAGUUGCAUUUGUAGGAGAUGGUAUAAAUGAUGCACCAGUCCUUGUUACCAGUACAUUAGGUAUUGCACUUUCUUCAGGGACUGAGAUUGCUAUGGAUGCUGCUGAUCUUGUUAUAUUGAACGAAGGCUACGGAGAAACUGAAGAACAAGAAGAACCACAUGAAAGAAAGGAAGAACCAACUUUGAAAAAAUUAAUAUAUGCUUUAGAUAUAUGCCAAAAGACAUAUUCGAGAAUUAAAUGGAAUUUAUUUUGGGCAUUAUGUUAUAAUAUAUUCAUGAUACCGAUAGCUAUGGGUAUCUUAGUUCCAUGGGGUAUAACUUUACAUCCAAUGAUAGCAGGUUUGGCAAUGGCUUUAAGUUCUGUGAGUGUUGUGUUAAAUUCAUUAAGAUUGAAAAAUUGGAAACCUCCCAUUGUAGAUCCAAUGAUUGGGUAUGAAGAAGAACCAAUUAUAAAUACUUCAUUUUGGUCAAAAAUUUUUCCUAGUUAUGCUAGAUUACGCACAAAUGAUGAUACUAACUACGACUUAGAACUCCAAGCAGCAAGAGUAAACACAUAUUCUUAA